AUGGUUGUCUCUGUUUUUAUGAUUAUGAGACAUAUGUUCAAUAUGUUGUACACAGAUGAUGAGAAUGCUAUUCCUGCAGCAGCAGCAAUUCUCAUAUUGACUGCAGCUAGCAUCGAAGUAAAUCAAACCCAAAAGCGUCGAAAAAAGCGUCGUUGGAGAGUGAGGCCUUUGUUUCGUCAGAGGCAAAUUGGGGAACAUUUCACUAAUUUAUUCGGCAAUAUGAAAACCAUGGACCCUGAGCAAUUUUUCUCAUACUUAAGAAUGGACAGAAUUUGUUUUUAUAAACUGUUGCAGUUGGUAGGACACAGAUUAAUUAAGCGUGCUACCAGAAAGACUUUGAGCCCUGAGCAACGUUUAGUAAUCACAUUAUAUUUCUUGGCCCAUGGGUGUAGCAUGCAAUCUGUGUCCUGGUCGUUCCUUGUUGGCAAGGCCACAGUGUCUGUAGUGGUGAGAGAAACAUGUCAAGCUAUUUGGGAUGUUCUCAGUCCAAUAUAUUUGAAACGCCCGACUAUGCAAGAUUGGAAGACUAUUGGAAAUGAAUUCGAGGAGAAGUGUAAUCUACCACACUGUUGUGGUGCUAUAGAUGGGAAACAUAUUGUGAUGCAGGCACCAAAAAAUUCUGGAUCUAAAUUUUUUAAUUAUAAAAAAACAUUCAGUAUUGUUCUGAUGGCUGUGUGUGAUGCAUCCUAUAGAUUCACCUUGGUGGAUAUUGGAUCUUUUGGGUCCCAGAGUGAUGGGGGUGUAUUCCGGGAAUCGGCUUUCGGAAAAGCUCUUGAUUCGGGUAGUUUGAAACUACCCCCUGAAAAAAGUCUGCCUGGGUCUGAUGUAAAUUUUCCCUCUUUUUUUGUUGGAGAUGAAGCUUUCCCUUUGAAGCCAUAUCUUCUUCGUCCCUAUCCAGGUAGAAAUUUGGAGGAAUCCAAGAAUGUGUACAACUAUCGUCUAUCAAGGGCACGCAGAACAAUAGAGAAUGCCUUUGGUAUUCUGGCUUCUCGUUGGAGAAUCUUUCGGAAUAAUAUAAUUGCAGACGUCACAACAGCCGAGGUAAUCACUGCAGCUACCAUUGCUUUACACAACUUCAUGAGAACAGAAGUAUUGGGAUCCAAGGGUCAAAUGCCAAAUUAUAUUGGUACUGUAGAUGAUGCUACAAGAAUUGAAUCCAAUCUUUCAAGGUUAGGACGCUUGGGUCCAAACAAUUCCGAUAGGAACUCUAUUGAAGCAAGAGAUAUUAUGAAAAACUACCUAAACAAUGAAGGAGCGGUACCUUGGCAGCUUACUUAUGUUAGGCGUAAGUCACAACCAAAUACAGGAUCGUCAUAGUCCACACGUCGUUUGACAUGUGGCUGUUCAGUAUCACCAUCAUCGCGAAUCAUUGUACCUGAAUAGAUAAAUGUGUCACGUUUUCACAAUUGGCAACAGUAUCAGGAAUCAUAAUUUCAGACUUUUGAUAGUUUAUCCUCAAACGGUAUUGUUCACCAACAUCUGCUAGUCGCUUUAAGAGUUCCUUCAUGGCUUGUAUCAUUGAUGUGAUAUUUCAGGAGUUGAGAAACUCAAUAGACGUGCCUUUAUAACAUGUGACCAUAAUUUUUGGUGACACGAGUAACAAAAGCUAACAUGCAUCGCAAACAGUUGCAGAAAAACUAUAAAAUAUAUAUGAAAGUUAUGUAGUAGUAUUAUGUUCUCAUGUGUGUUACAAAAUUGUUUUUUUAUAAAUCAUUCCUUAUGUACACUAAAACUAUUUACUUGUUUUAUUUAUUAGAAAAGCUAUUUAUUGAAUCGUUUUUGUGCUCAUCAAGAAACUUGUUUCAUACAUCAGAAAUAUUUUUUUUCUAUUUAACGUAUUAUUUACUUGUUUUGUUUUAUAUCAUGUUCAGACACUAUGUUUAAUAAAUAAAAAAAAUUUAAUGUUUUAAAUAAACAUUUUUCUAUUCUUCUUGCAAAUCACCCAUUACCCAAAUCUUAACUUAGGGUGAAAA